AUGCUUCGCUCUCGUUUUCCUACAGCCCAUCACUUCACUGUGUCAAUCUUCGGAUGCCAGUAUCACGCCGACUCACCAUCACCGGAGAAGCUGACUCUCAUCAACGAGUUCGACGGACUCAUCAAGGCCGCCGCGAUUUAUGUCGAAGAGCUCGAGCAAAAUGAUCUUCCCUCCAAGGUCUGGAUGAGCUACUGGAAGUCUCCCCAGACUUUCAAGACAUGGUGGGAAAGCCCGAAAAUUUCGGCCUUCUGGGCCGCUCUCCCGGAAAACGCUGGUUUCUGGAGAGAGACCGUGAGCUUGCCCGCCACCAGAUCAAUGUACGAAUCCAACAAGGAGAAGCUUUCCGGUUUCGGCCACUGCGGAGAGCUGAUCCCCCUUACCUCGAAAACGGGAUACUGGGGCGCCUACCGCUCGCGUUUGACCCCUGAGGGACCCGAAGACAAGUUCGAGUCUACUCUGCCUGCAGUACCUGAGGCCCGUCCUCUUACGGACAAAAUCCGUCCCGGAAGGGUCAGAGUGUCCAAGUUCCCUGACAACAUUUCCUUCGUGGUCGAAGGCCAAGACUAUAGUGCCAUGAAUGAUAACGAGCGCGGUCACUGGAACGAGAACUUCGACGGCCUGACCAAGCAAUGGGUCACCAAUGUCAUGACUACUGGUCCCGCCGGCGGGAUGCUUUCUGCUAGAGCCUGCCACGCCUUUGCGGGAGAUAAGCAACCAGGUGCCACGAACGGUGCUGUCAACGGUGCCUCUACCAACGGCACAAAUGGUGCCAACGGUACCAACGGAGCUUUGACAAACGACCACGGAAUCUUCCCCGGGUUGGACUACAUUCGCCAAGCUCAGAUUCUCUUCUGGCUCGACCUUUCCAAAAUGGAACACAUUGGCAGAACGGAUAAGGUUCACGUCAAGCUCAGACGGGACUUCUUUGGUGCGUAUGGACCUGGUGGAGUUAUGGAGGGUGGUGAUUUGCUGCUCUGGGUCGAUGUGGCAGUGUUGAAGGGUGAAGAGAUGGACGCGGAGUACGUUGGGUGCUAUGAUGGAACGGGAUUUCUUGCAUACGACGACCACCCCGCGUUUACGAGCGAAAAGGUGGAAAUCGCCAAGCUGCCGGCAUUCUUCGACGCGCCGAUCAAGUCCCUGCCUAUUGAGUGGUAG